CCCAUCAUGCACAUCGAAGGGGGCGUAGUCGCUGUAAGUACAUGGCAAAUUCCUGCAGACAGUGAGGAUGAAGAGCUCUUAAUCAGUAGAUUAAAGCCAUUUAAUUGAUUAUUUUGAUUGUGCUAGUCGUUCUACCUUAAAACGAUGACUUCAAAGGACCCGAGUGCAUCAAAUAGUGCCUUGCUUUAUUUGAUUUAUCAGCAUUUAAAGGAGAAUGGUUACCAGAAGGCUGCAAACGUGCUGAAAAAACAUGUAACUCAGAUGGAAGCACCAGAAGAGAUCACCUCUUUACAUGACAUCUACACAAGUUGGACCAAGGUCUCGGAAAUUGGACAAAAUCCAAAACAAGAGCCUGAAGUGGAUUCCACCACCCUGAAGAAGAUUAAGGCCGAUCCAUCAACCAAAGAAGAAGAAGAUGUGGACUCAAAACCAAUUGAUUCUCUACCUCCUGCCCCCCACACACCCCAGGGUGCAACCCCAGAGAAUGAGGAGUCGGUCCCACAGGAUGAGUUGUCAUCUACUCCAGUCAGUAACGGGACAGUGGAAACAUCAGCCCCUGUACCAGCGGUCACCCCUUUAAAACCAGCAGUGAGCUCAGACAGCGACUCUGAGAGCAAGGAGGAGAUUCCCCUCACACAGGGAGAUACUGUCACCCCAAAGGCCUCUUCAGCUGUCCCUACCACUACGCCCUCAAAACAUGUAGACGGGAACAGCGAAUCAGACAGUGAGAAUGAGAUUCAUCCAUCACAGACUGUUGUCAUUCCCAGUAAGGCCUCAGCUCCCAGUAAGACUCCAGCCAUCCCCACAGCUCCCAGUAAAGCAGAGAGUUCAGACAGUGAAGAGGAGGUUACUGUCAAGAAACUAACAUCUACGGCUGCUCUUAUGAAACCAGCCAAGGCGAUCCCAGCAGCCCCAGUAAAGCCCAGUGUAGUCACCCCCAGUCAGGCUACAGUUGCUCCCAAGACUCCUGCUGCAGGGAAGAAAACACAGAGCUCUGACAGCGACAGCUCUGACUCAGACAGUGAGGAGGAGGCUCCUAAAAAGAAACCUGUGGCGACACCCAAAGCCAAGCCUGUGGCUGCAACUCUGGUCAAGGCAGAAGCAGUGAAAUCCACCCCUAUUAAAAAACCAACAAACAGCUCAGACAGUGACAGUGAUGACACUGAGGAGGAGGCUCCUGUAAAGAAAUCAACACAGACCCUGAAAGCUGCUCCUGUGAAAGCAGCCAAGGCGAUCCCAGCAGCCCCAGUGAAGCCCAGUAUAGUCAUCCCCAGUCAGGCUACAGCUGCUCCCAAGACUCCUGCUGCAGGCAAGAAAGCACAGAGCUCUGACAGCGACAGCUCUGACUCAGACAGUGAAGAUGAGUUAACUGAAAAGAAAUCAACACAGACCCUGAAAGCUGCUCCUGUGAAACCAGCCAAGGCGAUCCCAGCAGCCCCAGUGAAGCCCAGUGUAGUCACCCCCAGUCAGGCUAAAGCUGCUGCCAAGACUCCUGCUGCAGAGAAGAAAGCACAGAGCUCUGACAGCUCUGACUCAGACAGUGAAGAUGAGUUAACUGUAAAGAAAUCAACACAGACCCUGAAAGCUGCUCCUGUGAAAGCAGCCAAGGCGAGCCCAGCAGCCCCAGUGAAGCCCAGUGUAGUCAUCCCCAGUCAGGCUACAGCUGCUCCCAAGACUCCUGCUGCAGGCAAGAAAGCACAGAGCUCUGACAGCGACAGCUCUGACUCAGACAGUGAAGAUGAGUUAACUGAAAAGAAAUCAACACAGACCCUGAAAGCUGCUCCUGUGAAAGCAGCCAAGGCGAUCCCAGCAGCCCCAGUGAAGCCCAGUGUAGUCAACCCCAGUCAGGCUAAAGCUGCUGCCAAGACUCCUGCUGCAGAGAAGAAAGCACAGAGCUCUGACAGCAACAGCUCUGACUCAGACAGUGAGGAGGAGGCUCCUAAGACUCCUGCUACAGUCAUAGAGGCAGCUCCCAGUAAGGCCUCAGCUCCCAGUAAGGCCUCAGCUCCCAGUAAGGCCUCAGCUCCCAGUAAGACUCCAGCCACCCCUACAGCUCCCAGUAAAGCAGAGACCUCAGACAGUGACACCUCAGACAGUGAAGAGGAGGUUACUGUCAAGAAACCUGCACAGACACCCAAAGCUGCUCCUGUGAAACCAGCCAAGGCGAUCCCAGCAGCCCCAGUGAAACCCAGUGCAGUCACCCCGAGUCAGGCUAAAGCUGCUCCUGUGAAACCAGCCAAGGCGAGCCCAGCAGCCCCAGUGAAACCCAGUGCAGUCACCCCCAGUGCUCCCAAGACCCCUGCUGCAGGGAAGAAAACACAGAGCUCUGACAGCGACAGCUCCGACUCAGACAGUGAGGAGGAGGCUCCUGUAAAGAACCUUCUUAAACCUGAAUCUACUACCAAGCAGAAAACCACCCCAGUCUCAACCCCAAGCAAGGCCAAAGCCUCUCCUAAGACCCCAGCAGCAGCUGCUAAGAUGGAGACUGACAGCUCAGAUUCCUCUGACAGUGAGGAUGAGGCUCCAGCCAGGCAGGCCCCUGCCAAGCCCACUUCCAGCCCGGCUAAAACCACACCCAAGGCCCCUGCUGCAGCUAAGAAGGCCGACAGCUCGGACAGUGAUGAGUCUGACACUGAGGAGGGCAAGCCAGCUAAAAAGGUCACUGCUACCUCCGUAGCCAAACCUUCAACUCCAGUACAGGAGGAGGACAAAGAUUCCUCAGACAGUGAGGAUGAAGAAACACCAUCGAAACCAGAAUCCACACCAUCUGAGAAAUCUGUCACGCAAACCCAGGCAACGCCUCCUGCUGGCAAGGAGGGAGGUACAGAGGAACACAGUCCAGCAGAGAAGGUUGAAGCUGUUCCAGCCAUACCUACAACUGAAACAGCAGCUGAGGAAAACAGCAGUGAUGAUCCAACCGAUAUUGAAGGAUCUCCUCCUGAAGUCCCUGAGGUGGACACACCCCCUGCCUCUGGGCCAGAGAGUGCAAAGGAGGAGGAGGUCCAAGAGAGUCCCCAGAAGGUCCUAAAGACGGACACUUCUUCAGAGAAGCCCAAGACAGAGGAUCAGAUAGUGACCUCUACAACAUCAGAAGACAAGAGUGACACCCCUGAACUCCCAUCAGAAGCCCCUGCUACAGCUGCUGAGAUCAGAACUGCUUUAGAAGAGGAGUCAAAGGAGUGUGUUGACCCAGUUAUCACCAAUUCAGCAUCUGAAGACUUGGAGCCUGAAAAAGUGACCAUUGAGACAAUUGUUGAGACAAUCCCCACAGAGACAGAGGAGCCAAACACUGAUACCCCAACACCUGGAUCAAAGAGGAAGAGGAGUAAAGAGACAACGGACGCAACUCCCAAGAAGAAGGAGAUGAAGAAGAAGAAGAAGAAGGGGGAGGUUGAAGAGAAUGGGCAGCCUGCAGUAGAGGAGGAUGGUGAUGAGUCCAGUCUGGACACAAAAGGGUUGGAGCUGACUCCAUCAGACGAUUCCAAGGUGGAUACCACCCCGGCUUCAGAGUCUGGCUCCACCACUCUUGUUCUGUCAGCAAAGUCACUCAAGAAAAGGAAAAGAAAGAGGGUGAAGAAAAGAAGAGGUGCGAAGGCCGAGAGGGAGUCACCGGAAGAGGACGAAAAAACAGACUUCGUCCCAAAAAAUAAAAAAAUAAAAAAGAGCAAGAAAAACACAGCAUCCAACCUGACACCACCAACCAACAACCAGACCAAGGAAACUCCAAAGACCACAGCUGCUAAGAGGCCUCUUCCUCCCACCCCUGAGCCGGAGGAGCUAGAGACUCCCAAAAAGAAGAAGAAGAAGAAGAAAGUUGCAGAGAAAAGGAGCGCUGUGAAAGAAAAUACAACUCCAGGCAUUGAAACAAAGAAGAAAAAGAAGAAGGCUGCUAAAGCUGAAAACACUGUGAAAGACUCUGCAAUCUCAACUCCUGAACCGAGCCUUACACCAGAGACCCCAAAAAACAAAAAGAAGAAAAACAAGCUGACAGAGAAAAAGGAGAAAAUGAAAACUGCAUGGAAAACACCAGUAAAAGCCUCAACAGGACCUUUGCCUAACACAGAAGUGACGAAGAAAAAUAAGUCCUCCAAAAAGAAAUAAUCCAAUGGUGAAAUUUCAGGAGAUGGUGGAUAUCUUCUCCAGGGAAUGAAGUGGAGCUGCCAACGUCAAUCAGAAGACCACCUCGAUCACACUGGUGCCUGAGGUUUCAACCAAAAGAAGGGGAAACUGGAGUUCUGGCCUGUACAUGUACUUUAGGUUCUCCACAUGUACUUUAGGUUCUCCACAUGUAUUUUAGGGGAACAUCUGUAUUGUGUUACUAACAACACAAUCUAUGUUUUAACCAUAUAUUCUAUAAGCUUGCUAAACCAGGCAUGUAUUGACAUGAAAAAGGCAAAAUAAUCAUACCAUUCUAUUUGAAAUGUUGAAUAAACGGGACACAGAAACUAACACAUUUGCACAGCCUGAUGGAACGUAAACCCAUCGUCAGUGUAUUUGCCAAGUCCUAACCAAUGAUAAAACAAUCAUUAGGUAUUAAUAUGUCCUUGGUCUAGCAUUGCUGUCUUGAUAAUGUUGUAGGGUGUAGUACUCUUGCAUGUUGUGGGUUUUCAUUUCUGUUCUUUAAGCUGUGAACACUUCCACAUAAUUGUGUGUAAGGUAAGGGAUUGUUAGGACUCAAAAUGGGGAACACUUGUAGCAAAUGUCACUCCAAAUACUGUACUAUGCACCUACACGAAUCCUAUUGCUGAGCCCAUAGCCUUGUGUUUUAGCACUUAUGUUAGACCCAUACACCUAUGCAGAGGAAGGUUCUGGGGGACCAGGGGAGGAUAGCUGAUCUGACUGACUCAGAGAAUUUGCUGAACUCCGAUGUUUACAAACCAGUAUUUGUGUCACAUUCUUGUGAAAACAAACUUUUCUUCCAUUUGUCAUUUUCUGAUUGUUCAUUAUCAAUAAAAAUGGUUUAAUCUCUUAA